CACUCAGUUUUACAGAUUCUGCCACAUGCUCUGCCGUGCAGCUUUAGUCGGGAAGUACGUGAGAGGAUGAGAAUGAGCUGCAGGAAAACUGGCAUUUGAUACAACAUCCCCCCGUUUCUUCUUUUUACAUUUUCAAUAUCAACUAUGUGAAGCAGUCCUUCUUGUUCUCUUGAAGGGGAACAGAGCCAACAUACUGUUGUGUUUUGGAUUAAAUCAGCAUGGACUUAGCACAUGACUGGAAUGUUUAAGACACAAGGAAGAGGAAGAUGUGUUAAUGUUUAAGUAAUUUCUGAUUCCUGAAUGAGAAACAUUGUCUCUGGAGGGAGUUGAUGGAUUCGAUAAAUCAUCGUGCGGAAUACUGUGGAGAAUUACCUUGAUGGAGCAUUUCAUACGUGAAAUAAUUGACUGGAGUUUUUUUAUAUAUAUGUAACUUCGCCUCCUCUUUUGCAGAGCGAUGGAUGUGUGCUUAACAGUUUAAAAUAAAUAUAUACACGAGCAGUGCUGUAGAACAGGAUCAGAAGCGCAAAGUGAUCCAUCCCAAAAGAAAGUACUAUUUUUAUACUCCAAACACCUCAAAACGGGCAACUGAGUGCGGCGUGCAACCUGUUUGAAAGUCAUACACUCUCCUCUAUUUUGUGUAGGCUCCUUAAAGAAGAGAUGCGAAAUUUAAUUUCUUCAUUUUAAGAAAUGUAUUGUUCUGCAUGCUUGAUACAUGCCGCUGCAGUGCAAGAAACGUAAGGAAAGGUCGUUUUUACAAUAUUUCACCCUCCAGAAAGUAGGUUUCCACCAAGGACUGUAAUACAAGGAAAGGAAGUUUGCAAUAAAAUAAUCGGAUUUUGCUUCUCUCUCUGGUAAUUCCAUGCCACCCACAACCUGGCACGCAGACAAAAUAUUAACGCGACUUUGUUGAUUUGGAUCGAAAACCUAUUGGGAGUUACAAUCAUCAUCACAGGAUUUUCUCCGUCUUAUCUGUUUACGACAAAAGUGGCGAUGGCAGGAGUUGGGUGCUGUUGGAAGUAUUACCUAUGGGUUUUGACAGUAACUUGCAGAUAUGCCUUACCAGUUGCAAAAUCCUUGGAAUCGGUGUUAUGGAGCUCGCAAAACCAGAAGUUUCAGCCUGGGGAGGGUUUAGUCAUCUACCCCGAGAUAGGAGACAAACUGGACAUUAUCUGCCCCAAAGCAGAAAGCGGACAGCCGUAUGAAUACUACAAGCUGUACUUGGUGAAAAAGGAUCAGGCACACACUUGCAGCACCAUCAUGGACCCCAAUGUGCUGGUCAACUGUAACAAACCGGAAAAGGACAUCAAGUUCACCAUAAAAUUUCAGGAAUUCAGCCCUAAUUACAUGGGCCUGGAAUUUAAAAGGAACAUCAACUACUACAUAACGUCUACAUCGAACGGGACCUUGGAAGGGCUAGAGAACAGGGAAGGCGGAGUGUGCAGCAGUCACUCCAUGAAGAUCAUCAUGAAAGUUGGCCAGGACCCCAACACAGUACUCCCAGACCCAGUGAACACUGAAAGGCCGAGGAAAGAUUACGAAAGCAAAGCAAAGGACUCCACCAACAGCCCAGCCAAGAAGAGACAGAAGGAUAUAUCAGUAGACCAGGGCAGUAAAGAUACUACCGACCAGGAUAAGAAGUCCAAGACUGCAGAGAGCAUCUUUGGUUCCAAGCCUGCACUGUUUGCUGCCAUUGGGGCAGGCUGUGUGAUUUUCCUCCUAUUCAUCAUCAUCCUGAUCAUUCUGGUCAUCAAGAUCAGGAAGCGUGCAAGAAAGCACACUCAGCAACGCACAGCGGCCUUGUCUCUCAGCUCGCUUGCUAGUCCCAAGUGCUCAGGGAAUGCUGGCUCAGAGCCGAGUGAUAUUAUCAUCCCGUUACGGACUACAGAACACAACUACUGCCCCCAUUAUGAGAAGCUGAGCGGUGACUAUGGCCAUCCAGUCUACAUUGUCCAAGAGAUGCCCCCACAGAGCCCAGCGAACAUCUACUAUAAAGUCUGAAGUUUUUAGCAAUGGUCCAUAUUCUUUCAAGGAACUUUCUACCUAUAACCUCUGUAAAGUGAUGGACGUUUCUGACAGCGAGAAGAGACAGCUAAAAAUCUUGAUAUGACAGAUAUAGUAAAGACACUUUCACAUUAUUCUGGAAGUCAGAGAAAGGUUGUUUGACCCUCCACAUCCUUUUCUUGUCUGGUUUCUUGCUGCAUUAUAUCUGCAGAUGGAACACCAGGAUGGUCCAGCUUUUGAAACUACGUAGCCUUCUUUGUUGCCCAUGUGGAGACUAGAUAUGUGAACAGGGUAUUUAAAAAGACAAAGCCCUGCAAUAAAUGAGCUGUAUGUAAUGGAAUUCAUAGCUCAAGUGCAGCUUUCACAGGUCGCUCAGGGAGCUGGGCGCAGUGCGAUGACAAACACCAUUUAUUUCACACUACAAUAUUUACCUUUGUUAUACUGUAUGUCAAUUCAUUGUCCUUCAUCACAAUAGCGUUUUUAAAAAUGACUUUGUUUUUUUCCAUGUUUCCUCCGCACUGCUUUUUUCCCCCCCUCAAAACAUCUUAUUAACAAUUACUGAGAUUUCCUUUGUGUACCAAAUGCACAUCUAACAAUCCGUACAGUGCAGACAAAUGUAUCAUCAGUACAUGCUGCCUGCUGCUAGAGAAGAAGACGUUUGUGUCUGUAUAUUUCCCAACAGGCAUGUAACUCAGGAAGCACUUACUAGGUGUGUCAUGUGAUCACCUCUUCCUGAAAAUUAAUUAAUAAAAUGUAAUUUGUUCACACUA